GACUCCGGUUAGAGAGUUGUCAAAAAUGUUUCAUUAGUUGGGAGGCAAGAGCAUGUGAUUCCUCAUACUAUACGUCUUCAAAGAUUUCUGCUUUGGGUUCUCUCUUCAGCACAAAUUCAGCCUCAGAUUGCAGACAAUAUAAAGCAUUUCCUCUCUAUAAAUACACGUUCCAAGGAUAGCCACCCCGCAGUGCCAAAGCUUUUCCUACAUUUCUUCCAUUUACUACUCGCAAAAGAAUCUAAAUUCACAAAGUCAUGGGUUUCUGGUUGCCAAGAAUUGUUAGUGCUAAGAGUCUAAAACGGACUGUUUCGUUUUCAGAGACAACAGUGGUGCCCAAAGGCCACUUCGCUGUUUACGUUGGAGAAGUUGAGAAGAAGAGAUUUGUUGUCCCAAUUUCAUUCCUGAAGCAUCCUUCCUUCCAAAUUUUGUUGAGUCAAGCUGAAGAAGAAUAUGGAUUUAAUCAUCCUAUGGGUGCUCUGACAAUCCCUUGCAGCGAAGAAGCUUUCCUUGAUCUCACUAGCAGUUUGCAUAGCUCAUGAGAGUUGAUAUGAAAAUGGAUAACCAAGCAGAGAUUAACGAUCUCUCUGGCUCACGCUGACAUGCACCGA